UACAAAUUGUGGUUCAUAUUGAGGGUGUUAUCUCUAUUUUCCCUCUUCUUUUCUACUUGCUCAACUGUCAAGAAUGGAUCUUCUCCUUUGCCAUCCUUUCAAAGCCACCCCUUUUCUCCACUCUCUCCCUUCAACUUCCUUCUCAGGAAACAGACCCUUUUCAGCCAACUGGAGUAGAACAGCUUUACCUAGUGUUUGCUUGUCAAAAUCAUCAUCUUUGGAUGCUCCAGAAAAAAAUCUUUCUCAGCAGAAUGAAGGAAGAAGGGCAAUUAUGGGCUCUCUUCUUAUAGCUGCUGCUGGCCUUUGCCUCUGCGAUGUGGCUGGAGCUGCUAGCACAAGCAGAAGAGCUCUUAGGGGAGCAAAAAUACCAGAGAGCGAAUACACAACCCUUCCAAAUGGUCUAAAGUAUUAUGACUUGAAGGUCGGCACUGGUGCUGAAGCAGUGAAGGGAUCUAGAGUUGCAAUCCACUAUGUUGCUAAAUGGAGGAACAUCACAUUCAUGACUAGCAGACAAGGAAUGGGAGUUGGUGGUGGAACACCAUAUGGAUUUGACGUUGGUCAAUCAGAGAGGGGAACAGUCCUUAAAGGAUUAGAUCUCGGUGUUCAAGGGAUGCGAGUAGGAGGACAGCGUCUGCUCAUAGUUCCUCCCGAACUAGCUUAUGGGAAAAAAGGCGUGCAGGAAAUUCCUCCAAAUGCAACAAUUGAGAUGGAUAUUGAACUGCUGUCUAUUAAACAAAGCCCAUUCGGAACUCCUGUAAAAGUUGUUGAAGGAUAACCAGUGUUCAUCUACUUCAUGUUAUAUUGAUUCAUCACCUGCAAAAGUGCUCAGCCUAUUGUAUGAGCUUUUAGAAUACUGAGAGAUCUGCUUCUGAUUUGGUAUUUUACCAGUAAAACGUCUCUAAAUAUGUUAAUAUUGUAUAGUUCAAUUCAUUUUCACAA